AAUCAACCUUUAGUGCCUGGACGAGCCGAAGGAGGCCCCCUUUGCCGAGGCGAGAGACCCCGUCGAGACACCGUUGUGCAUCAGUCUAAGAAAAGUGUGGGUUAAGAUGGCGAGUCCAAGAACCAGAAGAGUUCUGAAGGAAGUGAGAACCCAAGAUGAAAAUAAUCUUUGCUUUGAGUGUGGGGCUUUCAACCCUCAAUGGGUUAGUGUGACGUAUGGAAUCUGGAUUUGUCUUGAGUGUUCUGGCAAACAUCGGGGCUUGGGAGUACAUCUCAGCUUUGUGCGCUCUGUCACCAUGGACAAGUGGAAGGAUAUUGAGCUUGAGAAAAUGAAGGCAGGAGGCAAUGGAAAAUUCCGUCUUUUUCUGGAACUCCAGGAUGAUUAUAAUCCCAACUGGACACUGCAGGAGAAAUACAAUAGCCGAGCUGCUGCACUGUUUAGGGACAAGGUUGCAACAUUAGCAGAGGGUAAAGAGUGGUCCAUUGAAACAUCCUCUGCCAAAAACUGGACAUCACCUCAGCCCAAGACUAGCUUGUCAUCCUCUCACCGCUCAGGGGGGUCUGGACAGGACUCAUCUAAAUCUUCUGACAAGGCUUUUGAGGACUGGUUGAGUGAUGAUGUGAACUCGUAUCAGAGCGGAGGGGGUUACAGUGGUAAUCAAGAGAAUCGGUAUGUUGGUUUUGGCAACACAGUGACCCCAGAGAAGAAAGAAGAUGACUUCCUGAACAAUGCCAUGUCUUCUCUUUACUCAGGCUGGAACAGUUUCACUGUUGGAGCCAGCAAGUUUGCAUCCGUUGCUAAAGAUAAUACGGCUAAACUGGCAAAUCAGGCAACCUUAAAGGCCACAGAGUUAGGACAGACAAUAAAUGAGAAUGUUAUCAAACCCACUCAAGAGAAGGUGAAGGAUGGAAAAUUGCUCGAUGAAAUGACAGUCGGCAUUACUGGGCUGGCAAACAAGGUUCAGGGGGCUGGUGCAAAAUUGACAACUCUCUUCGCGGGCAAGGCAGAAGAUGGGUCCACCGGAGAAAGCUACCAAAACAUGGAUGCCACCGAGGGCUAUCAAGGCUGCUCUUCCCAGCCUGUUGCAAAGGACUUCUGGGAGACCUUUGGCAGCAAUACCUCCUUAAAGGCCAAGAAAUCGCCCAGUAGUGACAGUUGGACCAUCGCAGACAACUCUGCAAAGAAGAGCUCUGACAGCUGGGACAAUUGGGGCUCGGAGGCAGCAUCCAACAACAAACACAGCACAGGAGACAGCUGGGAAGCCUGGGAUAACAACUGGGAGAACGCCGCCGGCGAUGCCAAGGGAAAGAAGAGCCCAACAAAACCGGCUGAGGAAAGCUGGGAUAAUGCAGACUGGUAGUGGCUUCACACUCGUGCACCUUGUUAACUUUUCCCAAACUGGUCCCCCGCCUCACGGCCUUUCUCUACCUAUCUCUCUAUCUCUCUAUCUCUAUCUCUCUAUCUAUCCAUUGCUCGAUCUCGGAGGCACUUUCAGGGAAAGAGCCAUUCCAGCUCAGUUCCUGUCACUCAACUCAAAAGUGUAUUUAUUAUAGCUCUAAAAAAAAUGAAAAAAAAGAAAAGAAUGAAACCCGGAGUUCAGUUGAGCUCAUCACACAGUGAUUCUUCAGGAUUUGUUAUAUAUCAUUUACAAACCUCUUGAGUACCAGUCUGUUUUUGAGUGGAACUUCAUUUUUGUUGGUAUUCAGCGUUAUCUGUGUUUUAUCCCAGUUGUCCUUACCGGGAACCAGCGGUGGUGUUUGUAUCAUUAAUCGUACAGGCACUCAGUACAUCCAACAAAACUGUAUGCUUGUAAUAGUCAUAUUGAGAACUGUUCAACACUGAAUGCGCUGCAUCCUGUGCUGUCCAAAAGGCUAUUUAUCCUAUAUCCCUAGACUUUAUCGUCAAAUAAAGAAGAAAAAAAGUUUUGCCACUAUGUAAAAUGAAAAAGUUGAACAGGUGAGACUCAUUUAAAACUACCUCCAUUGUAUUUUCACAAACAUUGGCAGUAGGGUGGUAAAUAUUUAGUGUAAUUUCUUGAUUACAGUCAAAAGUCAAGCUCUUAAGGGAUAUAUAAUACUUUAAGUCGUUCAAGCCAAACUAUAGUAGAAUACCAAACCAAAUUGUUGCUGUGUAGCAUUUGGGUCCAUGGAAAAUUUGCUGUACCCGUUUCAGUUUGACACGUUCAGUUUGCGUACAUUUACAACAAAGGAAUGAAGCACCGAAAAUAUUUCUGAGCGCAGAAGAUCUCUUUCUAUACCAUGACCAUGAUGUGAUGUCCAUCAUCUAAUUCACUACUACGGGAAUGUGCAAAUAUUAUGUGUUCCGAACGGAAUAAGUGAAUAUUUUUUUCACUAAUAUAAAGAUUUGUAGCUGUUAUUGGCUCUUAUUUCAAUAUGCAGAUGUUACAUACAUGCCAUGCUCACCAAAUUUCUUUUUCCCCCCAAAACAUUGUCAAUUUAGCUGCAACUUAACCGUUGAAGCUUUCUCUAGCAUGCACAUAAGUAAUUUACAAGUUGGCAAUAUUUCAAAUCUGUGGUUACUGUGAAACGUCCUGAUAUGAAAAUUUUGUGAUAUUUU